GAAGAGGAGAUAGUGUAGGCCAGUAGCAAAUUCUUGUGCAAUUCGAAUAAAGAAAAGCUCUUCAACAAAUAACCCCCUUUCUUCUGACCCCAUUUCCACUCGCUAAUGACGGCCGGCGGUGGUGGAUCAUCAGGAAGGUUGCCGACGUGGAAAGAGAGGGAAAACAAUAAGAGAAGAGAGAGGAGAAGAAGAGCUAUUGCUGCAAAAAUAUUUACUGGCUUAAGAGCUCAAGGUAACUUCAAACUUCCCAAACACUGUGAUAACAAUGAGGUCUUGAAAGCUCUUUGUCUUGAAGCUGGUUGGGUUGUUGAAGAUGAUGGCACCACUUAUCGCAAGGGACACAGGCCUCCACCAACGGAAAAUGGUUGUGCCUCUAUGAAUUUCAGUGCAUGCUCAUCGAUUCAGCCUAGCCCAAUGUCAUCCUCUUUCCCCAGUCCUGUACCCUCUUACCAUGCCAGCCCAACAUCAUCCUCAUUCCCUAGUCCCUCACGUUGUGACAACGGGCAUCCCACAUCAUACAUCCUCCCCUUUAUCCGUAACUUAGCUUCCGUUCCCUCUACUUUGCCACCUCUUCGUAUAUCUAACAGUGCCCCUGUUACCCCACCUCUUUCUUCUCCUACUCGAGGAUCAAAGCCUAAACCUAUCUGGGAAUCUCUCUCCAGGGUUCCGUUGCAUACCUUUCAGCAGCACCCACAUUUUGCUGCUUCUGCACCAUCAAGUCCCACCCGCCGCCAAUACUCUAAGCCUGCUACAAUUCCAGAAUGCGAUGAGUUUGAUGCUGCCUCAGUUGAAUCUGCACGCUGGGUCAGCUUCCAGACGGUGGCAGCUCCAACUUCGCCUACUUUUAACCUUGUAAAACCUCUUCCUCCUCAGCAGAACAUUCUCUUAGAUGCCUUAAGUGGCCAUGGUAUGUUUGGUUGGGCCGAAGCAGCUCAAAAGGGACAUGUGGGCUCUGAGUUUGAUUUUGAGAGCUGCAAAGUGAAGGCAUGGGAAGGUGAGAGAAUACAUGAAGUUGCUGUGGAUGAUCUAGAACUCACUCUUGGUAGUGCAAAGGCACGUGCUUAAAGUUCUUAAUGAGAUGAUUCCGAUAAGGAAAUAGGAGGAGCUUAUUUCCAUAUCUGCAACGUUGCAGUUUGCACGCGGCUCAUCACAUUUAUUGUGCACUAUAAACCAUAGCGUGCCAACUACGUGGAUCUCAUUUGUAAAUUCUCUUACUAUACCUGAGAACUUAAAUUGGAGCAUGUGAUUUCUUGUUGUCUCUAUUGUAUAGUUCUCUAAACAAGCGAUCACUAUAUGAAGCUAAGAUGUUCAUUGAAUUGAUAAUGAGAGUGGCUCACGAUCUAGAUGUGUCUGGAGAAUUGUGAAGUCAUAACUGAUGAUAGAAGGAAGCAAAAGCAGUUACCAUGGUUCCGUGUCUAUUUAAGAGCUUCUCUUACGGUAUGUAUUUAAGUAAUGAACUAUUAGGUCCUGUGUAUUUGUAUUCGGCUGGGGUUGCAAGACCCUCAUAUGACAUUGUAUCAGAGAGAGCUGAGAUAUUAUUGUCCUGUAGAAAAGUGCGACGAAUCAUGGAGAGCAGCUUAACUUACUGCUACAUUACUAGUUAGUUAAGCAUGAAGGUUACAUUGAGUUAGAGCUUAGCUUUUUUGCUUCUCUAAUAGAUUGUGUUGUCAGUGAAAUCAGUUUAAUGUUGGAUUUUCUUCUCA